AUGUUUCGGAGUUUUCUCCGAUUGUCACCAGCAGCAAGAGAGAGAGAUAGAACUCCACCUAUUCAGUGCUUGCUCCUGACGAACACCGAAGCCUUGGAUAAGAUUUUCCGAACUAUCUUCGUUCUCAUCCAUAUUUCAUCCUUGGCUAGUUUUAAAUCUUCUCCCUAUGUGAGAAAGUGGCAUCACCUGCGUUCUUUGACACCUAGGCAUUGGAUCCCUCCCGAAGAGUACGUCGAGACCAUAGACGCAGCAUCUCGCAAGACGACCAUAUUUCCCGGAUGCAGGAGCAUCCGAAUACGUGGAUCGGAACCCGUGAACGGGAACCAUCUGGAACGAAAUAGUUUGAAGGAAAGGGCGAAUCAGUAA